AGAUAGUAUUGUCCUCGAUUAAUCAGUAAGAAGUUGAGGAAACGUGAUCCUUUCCCCGAGCUCUGAAGUCCACACCCCGGACCAAGGAGGGGCGCCUUCCCCGCCGAGGCUAGGCAGGGUGGGGCUCACCGCUCCCCACUUACCGGCCUCGCCCCUCUCGUGCGCGUUAAUGAGAUUAGCAAUUAAAAGGCGGGCGAGCCGCGGCCAGAGACCAGGCCCUGACGAGAAGCGAGCGCGGGACAUGGAGAAGGCACGGCCUCAAUGGGGCAAUCCGCUGCAGUUCGUUUUCGCCUGUAUCUCCUACGCCGUGGGUUUGGGCAAUGUGUGGCGCUUCCCCUACCUGUGCCAGAUGUACGGCGGAGGGAGUUUCCUGGUCCCCUACCUCAUCAUGCUCAUUGUGGAGGGGAUGCCACUCUUGUACCUGGAGCUGGCUGUGGGGCAGCGCAUGCGGCAGGGCAGCAUUGGUGCCUGGAGGACCAUCAGCCCCUACCUUAGUGGUGUCGGUGUUGCCAGUGUGGUGGUCUCCUUCUUCCUCUCCAUGUACUACAAUGUCAUCAAUGCCUGGGGCUUCUGGUACCUCUUCCACUCCUUCCAGGAUCCCCUGCCGUGGUCUGUCUGCCCACUGAAUAGUAACCGCACAGGCUAUGAUGAGGAGUGUGAGAAGGCUUCGUCGACACAGUACUUCUGGUACAGGAAAACACUCAACAUCUCACCGUCCAUCCAGGAGAAUGGAGGAGUGCAGUGGGAGCCAGCCCUGUGCCUCACCCUGGCCUGGCUGAUGGUAUAUCUGUGCAUCCUGAGAGGCACCGAAUCUACUGGCAAGGUGGUCUACUUCACCGCAUUGAUGCCUUACUGUGUUCUUAUUAUCUACUUGGUCCGUGGCCUCACACUCCAUGGAGCCACCAAUGGCCUGAUGUACAUGUUCACACCUAAGAUGGAGCAGCUAGCCAACCCCAAGGCCUGGAUCAAUGCAGCCACGCAGAUCUUCUUCUCACUGGGCUUGGGUUUUGGCAGCCUGAUCGCUUUUGCCAGCUACAAUGAACCCUCCAACGACUGCCAGAAGCAUGCUGUCAUUGUGUCUGUCAUCAACAGCUCCACCUCCAUAUUUGCCAGCAUUGUCACCUUCUCCAUCUAUGGCUUCAAGGCCACCUUCAACUAUGAAAACUGCUUAAACAAGGUGAUUCUGCUGCUGACCAAUUCUUUUGACCUUGAAGAUGGCUUUCUGACAGCCAGCAACCUGGAGGAGGUGAAGGACUACCUGGCAUCUACUUACCCAAACAAGUACAGUGAAGUGUUCCCACACAUUAGAAACUGCAGCUUGGAAUCAGAGCUGAACACGGACCCUGGUUCAAUUCCAGCACCCACAUGGUAGCUCACAACUGUCUAUACCUCUAGUUCCAGGGGAUCUGACGCCCUCACACAGACAUACAUGUGAGUAAAACACCAAUGCACAUAAAAAAUAAAAAGAAAUUAACAAAAAUUUUUGACGAUGAGAAUACUGCUGUCUCCUCGACACGUUAUUUUUUCAUUUCAUCUGCCAUAAUAUAUAAUUGUGUUUUUAAUGGCGUUUCCUUGAAGGUUACUAAUGCUGCACUUUUAGUUCAUAUGUUUGCUGACUAUCUGUGUUGGUUUUAAACUUUUUAAAUUUAUUCAUUUUAACUGACGUGUAUAAGUAUUUUGCUUGCAUGUAUGUAUGCAUGCAUGUAUGCAUGUAUGUAUGUAUGUAUAUGUAUGUAUGCAUGCAUGUAUGUAUGUGUGUAUAUGUAUGUAUGCAUGCAUGUAUGUAUUUGUACUACUAUGUGUGACUGGUAUCUGCAAAGGUGAGAAGAGAACAACAGAUCCCCUGAAAACGGAGUCACCAAUGGUUGUGAGCUGCCAUGUGGUUGCUGAGAACCAAACCAGGUGCUGUUAAUUGCUGAACCAUCAUCUCUGCGGCCCUUCAUAAAGAAACAUCUAUGUGUGGCAUUUCUUUGCUAUUUUUUAAGCUGGACUCUUUGCUAUUAAGUUGUUUGAGCUAAGGAAACAAGAGAUAUUGACAAUAAAAGUAUGAAAUGCUAAUGAAAGAAGCUAAAGAUGGCAGGGAAGAAAAAGUACUCUAUCCUUAUGGAAUAGAAGAUGUCUCAUAAGAUGUAAUUAUAUAUAUUAUAUAUAAUAUAUAUCACAGUUGUUGUUCAUCUCCAGCUAAUAGCCAGGUGGUGUUUUCCUAAAUUUCACUCUAGAAGCAUGCUGUUUGUUUGUUUAUACAUUUAUCUGUGAGGCUGAUGGGAUCUGUUAGUUAAUUUACUAUGGUAGUGUGGGGGAUCAAACCCAGGAUCUUGCUUCUGCUAAGCUAGCUGUGUUAUCACCCCUAUUGGCUGGGAAGUUUCAUUGGAGAGAAAAUUCCCAUAGGGAAUGUUUACUAAAAUGGCAUUGAUUUUAUACUGCAAUUUCAGAAGAAUAUCUUUUGAAUUGUGUAGUGAGGUGGGUUUUGUUUUUUUUGUUUUGUUUUGGGGUUUGUUUGUUUGAUUUUUUUUUUUACUUUUAACUCUGUACGUAAUAGUACUUUUAUAGUUAACAUACAAAAACAGAUUUCAUUUUGACAUUUCAAUACGUAAUAUAUCAUUGCUCCUUACUGCUACUCACCCUCUCUCUCAUUCCCCCUCCUCUCUUUGUUUCUCCUUUUCUGUAGAAUUGAAAGGAAAAGUACAUGUUGGAGGUAUGAGGAGUAAUAAAGGAAAUACUAUAAAAUGAAGAAAAAGAAAAAGCACAAAUCCCCAUUCAAGCAAAAUGAAAACUAAAACAUAACCAAUAGUAAAACACAAAAACAAUACUUAAAAGUACAUACGAAGCUUUGUGCAGUGGCAGUAGCCAAUGAGGUUUAUCAGAGGUGCGAUUAUUGCUAAAUGAAGAGGUACAUAUGAAAUAAUGUAGAAUUAAAAAUAUUAUGUCAGGGGUGGCUAAUAGCACUUGCCGUUCUUUUAGAAGACCCAGGUUCAGUUCCCAGUACCUACACAGCAGCCCACAACCAUCCAUAACUCCAGUUCCUGGGGAUCUGAACUUCAUGGGCCCAAGCACACACGUGGCGCGCACACACUCAUACAUACAUGGAGAUACACACUGAUAGACAUAAAAACAUUAUGUCAUCAGCACAUUUAUCUUCCUUCUGGGAAGAGUGUGACUUCUACCAAGCCCUAAAGUGUGGGGAUGGGCGUGGGGAGACUGUUACUCAAAACAAGUUAGACCGGAUUGUGAUCUGGAUCAGUUUCUCAGCCCAAGAGGUUGCCACAGUGUGUCCUAGGCCUGAGGAGCUGGGUGCGCUCUCAUCAGGGUGCCAGCUGAUUUUCUGCCCACAGUUCCCACAGUUCCGCCUGAGUAUAUUUGCCUCUGAGUCUGAGUCAACUUCAGUUCAACCUUGUGUUCUUUGUAAUUGUCAGGAUCAUCGCUUGCUACAUUGGUGGAGGAGAUAGGAUCUCUAGGAUUUAGAGAUUCAGUAUGAAUUUUCUGUUCUGGCAUAGGGCUGUCUUUGAGGAAUGGUUCCAUUUAUUGUUCCAGCUAAAGCAAACAAAUCUGCUCUAAAGUUUUUUUGUUUGUUUGAGGUUUGUUGUUUCAGUUCAAUUCCCAUUACUUUCUCUUCCAUAUGUGGUCCCAGAGCAAACCUUCCUGCUCGUCUUGCUCUUCUGGCCAGUCCUCGGAGUUUCAGUAUGUUUUGUUUUUGUUUUUGUUUUUGGUAAAUCUAACAUUCAGUAUUUCUAGAUUUUUUUUUUUUACUCUCUGUUGUUGACUGUGGCCUCUUCAGAUCAGCUCAUAGGGAUACAGAAGAGUGCCGUCCUCUGUUCCACCCUCUUCAGUUAAUUGGAUUGGGUUUUGAUUUAGUAACACACUUCCUCUUAUUCACUUAUUCCUGUCAGCUAAUUUUCUUCAUGAACGUCUUGGCAUAACUUCUGUUGCUUUUGUGAAUAGUGUCUUUCUCCUUAUUUCCUUCACUUGUUUACGUUGUUGCAAAAGAAACAUAAAAAUUUUUGUAUCUCGUUAAUUCCCCAAUCAAUUCUCACAUCUACAGACUGCUUCUGUUUUCUUUUUAAUAUUUAUAUCAGUCUUUUUAUUGUUAUUUCACUAUUAAUAUUGUUUUAAUAGCGUUUCAAGCACAAUUGUUUUCCUGUCCUUUGAGCACAAUAAAAUUCAAAGAGUUAGGCGAACACAUUGAUUAGUUCUUAGAUUUAAUAUAAAGACUUUGACUGACUGCUUCUAGAGAAUACUUUCAAGAUAAGGAUAGAGGCUCUGUGUCACUGGUUUAUCAGUGAGGUUGGGGAGUAGUUGGUUGAUUUGGUUGGUUUCCUGGGUAUGCCAUGCUAAACCAGCUCGUGGAGAGACACAGCACUUCCUUCCUAUUGCUUGUCCUUCUAGUUAGGAUUAAAAUCGCUUUAAUGAAACAUCAUGAGCCAAAGCAAGUAGGGGAGGAAAAGGUUUGCUUUGUCUUACAGCUCCAUAUUGCUGUUCAUCAUUGAAGGAAGUCAACCAAGGUAGAAGCUGGAAGCAGGAGCUGAUGCAUAGGCCAUGGAGGUGUGCUGCUUGACUGGCUGAUUUUCCAUAGUUUGCUCAACCUACUUGGUUAUAAAACACAGGACCACCAGGCCAUGGAUGACUCCACUUAUAAUGGGUUGCCCCCCACCCAUUGCUAAUUAAGAAAAUACCCCGCAGCUGGAUGUUAUGGGGGCAUUUUCUCAAUUGAGGCUCCCUCCUUUCAGAUAACUCUAGCUUGUGUCAAGUUGACAUAAAACUAGCCAGAUAGUUGUUCAGCCCAGCUCCCUGCCUACAGAGCCUAUGGCCUGACCCUCCCUCCUGCACAGGUCAUACGCCAAGAACCUCAAACCCAGGCUUCAAGAUCUAUUUGAACACCUUCGAUGCCCAUUCUGAGCUUGGGCACUCAGUUCCCCGUUUUGGUUUUAGGACUUAGUAUUUCCUUACUUAUGUUUGAGCUCAGCUCUGUGUACAAGAAUAAUACAAUAUACUAUUAUUUUAGACUGACUUUCCUGUUCCUUCUAUUUUCUCUUUCUUACUUUGUUUUCUUUCCAAAAUAGUCUCUACUGUUUGAAAUGUGUACUCUUAUGUCUUCUUCCUGAAAUCUCUCAUUAAUGUUUAACAUAACACAGCUUAAUGUUAGUAUCUCCCCUUCCAAACAAUGCAAGAAUUUUUGGAAUACUUUCUCUUUUCUUUCUUGUUUUUGCUUUUUUAAAGACAGAAGAAUGAUAUUAAAAUCCUGUGUUUCCUGCCUUUGCCUCCUGAAUGCUGGUAUUACAGAUGUAUGUCAGACCUGGUUUCUCUCUUCUAUUUUAAAUAUGAUUGUUCAGUCCUUUUAAACUCAUAACUUCCAAACACUGCACACUUCGGAUGUAUAAGGCCCUAGGUUCAGUUCCCAGCCCCAGGGAUGAAUGGAGACAGACACAUAUAGACACACAGACACACACACCAUUUUAUUUAUCCAACACUCUUCCUUGCAUUCCAGCUAUCUUUGGGAGAGAGGAGUUAACCUUAAAAUACCUUCCUGGGGAGCAGAAGAAAUGGCCCAAUAGUCAGAAAUGUUUGAUGUUCUUCAAGUAGACCCGAGUUUAGUUCCCAACACUCAUAUUGUUAAAUAGUUCAAAGGUACCUUGUAACUUCAGCUCCAGAGAAUCUGAUGUUUUUUUCUGGCCCUUUGGUACCAGCACACACAUCACACACACACACACACACACACACACACACACACACA